CAGAACUGGUUGUACACUAACCGCAUGAUUCACCCACGACAGAAGCUUGAUUCUUUUUUGGCCUUUUGCUCUUUUUUCACUAUGUUUUUUCGAGCAGGAUGUCUUCCUAGGGCGGCAUGGACCGGCUGCCGAAGAAUGGGGAAUUUUACAUCCUCCACUGCUGGAGGUCUGUCCAGCACGGCCUGCGCACAGUAUGUUCAGGAUGUGGUGUCACAGAACUGCGUUGUUAUAUUUUCCAAGACCACCUGCCCUUAUUGUAAAAUGGCCAAAAAUGUGUUCAAUGAAAUUGGUGCAAGCUACAAAGUAAUUGAACUGGAUGAGCACAAUGAUGGGAGGAGACUGCAGGAGGCCUUAGCUCGGAUGACCGGUGCCAGAACGGUGCCGAGAGUCUUCAUCAAUGGCAACUGCAUUGGGGGAGGCUCCGACACCAAACAGCUCCAUCAGCAGGGGAAGCUGGUGCCCCUCAUCGAGCAGUGUGCUCCCUGCUGCGCUGCCAGCAGCUCUGAAGGCUCGGGCAGCGGACAGUUUGAAUCCGCUAAAUGACUAACCGUUCUUCUAGUGUUAUUCAAUCCUGUAUUUAGUCAGUGUGUGCUUGAUCUCUUGCUGCAAGUUGUACAUUGCUUGAGCAUGUUAUUUAUUUAUCAAAGUUCACUGGAUACUUGAUGUUAAUACGACACAAGUUUUUAUCCAGGGAUGUACAGUACUUUUAUUAUUAAAGCCUCCAUCAUCUUUCAAACAACAACUGUGAACAGUGGAACUGCUUCUCAUACUUCUGCGCACUUGUUUUAUUGAUAUGUUUUACAGUUUUAAAUUCUGCAUCACUGAACUGUGAACAUCAUGAUGUGCUGGGUCGUUUCUAUUUAUGGUCCAUGUCUUGCAAGAGCAACAGAGAUGCAUUUUGUAUAAUUGGCACAUUUGUGCUCUUAUUCUAAAAUGUUAGUUUUUUUCAUCAACUAUGUAAAUAAAUGUAGUAAUUUUGUAUAUUUUUUACUCAAAAAAAAUUCUAUUACUAUAUAUGAGAUUUAGGAUUUGCUGGGUAGUGUGUCUGAGAAUUUCUUUGCUAUUGGGUAGGUUAUUAGUUUACUAAACAAGUAUAUUGAUAAGAAAUCGUGAUGCUGGUCAGUUUUGAAAAUAUAUCAACUCAGAAACACUCCAGUGUUGUUAAUGCAUUGAAUGUACGUAGAUAAAUUUGAACAAAUACGAAAUAAAGUCUGUUAUCAGCUUCCA